CCUCUGCUCUCGCCUUCAGGCCUUGCGCCGACCGUUGUCGCACCUCGCCGAGGGCACCGGGCCCUGAGUGCGCCGCUGUAGCUGCGGCCGCUUCCUCCCCUCCCUCGCGCGCGAGGUCGCGGGGGCCCGGCUAGGACCCCGCCGCCUCUGACGUAGGCGCUUCCACAGGCCUUGUCUGGUUCCGUCCGCUCCCAGCACGGCUGUCUUCAGCGCACGGUUUGGGGUUGGGGAAACGUUACCCGGGGAUGGUGUUGACUUGGCCGAGGGGCGCUCUGCAGUCUGGAGGGCUGCGCCCGCCCCUCCCACUUGAGAGUUCCUGCAUUCCCGCGCGUGGGGCGUUCUGAGUUCACUGCGGGGUUCGUUGACGCAUUCAACAGACAGAUAGAUACUCGUUGGGCACCUUCUAUGGUGCAGGACCUGUUCUAGACUGGGGAUUCAGCAGUAAAUAACAAAAAACCCUUCAUUUAUGAAAACUAUCUGCUACUGGUGCUUGGGAAAAUCUCUGUAAGGGCGCUUAUUUCUCUGGCAUCUUCAAGUCACCUGCGCAUCACCUCCACUCCAGGAAACAUAAGCCUUCCGGCGGGAAAAAAAGUUCUCAAGAUGGCUGGGCGAAAGCUUGCUCUAAAAGCCAUUGACUGGGUAGCUUUUGGGGAGAUCAUACCCCAAAACCAGAAGGCCAUUGCUAACUCUCUGAAAUCUUGGAAUGAGACCCUCACCUCCAGGUUGGCUGCUCUACCUGAGAAACCACCUGCAAUUGACUGGGCUUACUACAAGGCCAAUGUGGCAAAGGCUGGCUUGGUUGAUGACUUUGAGAAGAAGUUUAAUACCUUGAAGGUUCCUGUGCCAGAGGAUAAAUACACUGUCCAGGUGGAUGCUGAAGAAAAAGAAGAUGUGAAAAGUUGUGCUGAGUUUUUGUCUCUCUCAAAGGCCAGGAUUGAGGAAUACGAGAAAGAGCUGGAGAAGAUGAAGAACAUAAUUCCAUUUGAUCAGAUGACCAUUGAGGACCUGAACGAAGUCUUCCCAGAAACCAAAUUAGACAUGAAAAAGUAUCCCUAUUGGCCUCACAAGCCAAUUGAGAAAUUAUAAACGGGAGUUGGGGAGAAAGCUCUGGUCCAUGUAUUAUAAACUCUGGACAUUAAAAAUAAUUAUAUAGUGCA